UCGAAAUAGCUGCUGGUUUAUCCCAGCUAUCAGAAACGCGGAUGCCUGCUUGCUUAAACUAUUUCAAAGAGUGUAACACUUUUAACUGGAUACAAUUUACGCGUAGUGAUAAUUCCUUUUGGACCAGAAUGAUGUGGAUACGCCCAUCCGUCGUUGUGCUGAUGAUAGUGCUACAGACCUGUGGGGCAGACAGGUUAGAACGAAUGGAGCGUCGAUUGGAACUGAAAUUGAAAGCCCUUCAGGCCUACGUCGAGGUGAUAGUGAACGCAAAUGAAGGAGAUUUUGUUACACUAGCUGAUAGAGUUUCUAAGCUUGAAUCAAUAGUUUCCACGUCAGAAAACGAUAUCAGAGAGACUACAAGUAACGGUUCAAGGAACGAGCAUACUGUAGCAUAUACAAAACCAGAAUUGAAUAACAUUCAAAAUACUCUCACUAUGUAUAAGCAUUCCUUUGAAAAACAAAAAAGGGAAAUGAACGAUGUUAAGAUUGUUCUUAAAGAUACAUUGUCGGUGUUUCGUUCAAACGUUUCCUUAACUAUUAACUCAUUAACCAACGCUGUCAGUGAUCAUGUGAAUCAUGGCGCCGAUGAGAUAUCAGCUACUUUAAAUAAUGUAAGCGAAACAUUAGUUGAAACUGGGAGUCGUUUGCGCUCUGAUAUAUUCACAUAUUUGGGCAAUCUCAGCUUUGAAGUUAAAACUGAGUUGGCCAUUAAUAUUGAAAGGGAAAUAGAUGACAACAAUAAAACAUUGAUUGCUCUAAAUUCUCAAGUCCGAGAUUAUAUUGCCAAUGAAACAGAAAGUCUAGCCUUUUUUAAAACUAAUAUACUUCAAGACAUGAAUGAAACACGGGCUCAUGUGCGAAACGAAACAACUGAACUUGAAAAGAAGGUUGAAGAGCUAAUAGGUAGAGCAAAUGAAGUUGUUGGGAUCAUUGAUAAGCAGGGAUCUACAAUAGAAGACGGCAUUAUGGCCACCAUCAAGGCGCUUCACAGUUCCUGGAGUGACUGGUCUGCAUGGUCCGACUGUUCUCAGUCAUGUGACAGCGGCAGCAAAAGUAGACACAGGUCAUGUGAUGUACUUCCGCCUAUUACUGAAGGAUUUUGCAUUGGAAAUGCAACAGAAACAAAGGAAUGCGUCAUUCACGAGUUUUGUCCAUAUUGGGGGGAAUGGUCGCCAUGGUCUCAAUGUUCCCAAACAUGCACCACUGGAACAAUGACGAGAGACAGAUCAUGCAAUGCACCGGCUUCUCUUGCAUCAACUUGCCAAGGAAAUGUAACUGAAAGUCAGACAUGUGUGAUGUUAGCCGAAUGUCCACGGACAACCACGGUCAACGCGUGUGAAGGGUUUCUAUGUUCUGACGGUAAUUGUAUUCCUGACUCUUGGGUUUGUGAUGGCGAUCAUGAUUGCUCGGAUGGAGGAGAUGAAAAUAACUGUGAAACGAGAACCUGUACGUCCAGCCAGUUUCGCUGCUCUUACGGACAAUGCAUCAGCAAUAGUUCGGUAUGUGAUGACGUCUCGCAAUGCUAUGAUGACGGUGAUGAGGAAAACUGUGACACCUGUGCAUCCGGCGCGAUCCUUUGCUCUUCCGUAAGGUGUAUACACGAGAGUAAUGUAUGUGAUGGACGUUCAGACUGCCUUGAUGGAAGUGAUGAGGUAAACUGUGAGACGAGAACCUGUACAUCCAGCCAGUUCCGCUGCUCUUCCGGGCAAUGCAUCAGCAAUUCUUUGGUAUGUGAUGGCGAUUCGACAUGCCGAGAUGGAAGUGAUGAGGAAAGCUGUGAAUCCUGCACAUCCGGCGCGUUCCUUUGCUCUUCCGGGGGAUGUAUCGACGAGAUUUAUGUUUGCAAUGGCCACUCGAGCUGCCCGGAUGGAAGUGAUGAGUUAAACUGUGAGGCGAGAACCUGUACAUUCAGCCAGUUCCACUGCUCUUCCGGGCAAUGCAUCAGCAAGUAUGGGGUAUGUGAUGGCUUUCAAGAUUGCCAAGAUAAAAGUGAUGAGGAAAACUGUGACACCUGUGCAUCCGGCGCGUUCCUUUGCUCUUCCGGAAAGUGUAUACGGGAGAGUAAUGUUUGUAAUGGAAGUUUAGACUGCCCUGACGGAGAUGAUGAGGUAAACUGUGAGACGAGAACCUGUCUUACCGACCAGUUCCGCUGCUCUUCCGGGCAAUGUAUCGGCAAAAGUUUGGCAUGUGAUGGCGGCUUGCAUUGCAGUGAUGGAAGUGAUGAGGAGAACUGUGACACCUGUGCAUCCGGCGCAUUCCUUUGCUCUUCCGGAGGGUGUAUCAGUGAGACUUAUGUAUGUGAUGGCAAUACGACCUGCCAUAAUGGAAGUGAUGAGGUAAACUGUGAGACGAGAACCUGUCAAUCAAACCAGUUUCGUUGCACUUCCGGGCAAUGCAUCUAUAAUGAUUGGAUAUGUGAUGGGGAGAAUGACUGCAAUGAUAGAAGUGAUGAGGUAAACUGUGGAUUGUGAUGGCGAUGAAGAUUGCACGGAAGGAGGUGAAGAAAGAAAUUGUGGGACUACAUGAAAUUACCCUAAAGACGAAUUAUAAAAGGACCAAUGACGUUUUAUCCCGGGUAGGAUGAUGGAUCCGCCGCUUUACCCCUACAAAUGCUUACCGUCCUCCUUGGAGGGACGUUCAACUGGCGUCCAUGAAAAAGUGCUAUCUACCAUUAUGCGGCUUAAACUAACAAGUCUGAUGCUCUAACAGGGACUGUCGAUAAAUAGGUGUGCACCUCCAUAUACAUCAUCAAAAACGAGACACAACCAACACGCUUUGUUCAUUACGUCAUCAGAUGUACUUAAUACACCUUUACAGACACACGCAACUAACAAAAUAUCCAUUAUUAAACAAUAGUAUACCUUACACAACUAUUUCCAUUCUAUUUAUCUGUAUAAAGACGAUCGGUUUGUAGACAUCAUAAAUAUAAUUCAGGCCGUCGUAAUUUUAUCUAUAGAUCUGCGGGUUGAACUGAAUCAUUCCAGGGUUAAUUUGCGUACAUAGCUAAAACGUGAUUUAUCAGCGAUAAGGCGGUCAGAGGUCACGUGGCCAAUUGUAAGCCCCCCCCCACUUGCACCCAUUCUCAUUAUUCCUUCAGAAAUACUUGCUUGCAAAUGUUAAGCAGAAUUUAUGCAACAUAUUCCUUCAUCAUCCCAGUCCAAUUCUACAUAUUAUAAAAAACACAUGUUUUCGAACGAAUAUAGUUGUACAUAGUGUUAAAGACAUUGGUUCAAUUGCUUGUUUUGUGUCCGAAUUAUUAUCCACCCGUCAUUGAAAUGGUUAACUAUAGUUUUUCGAAAAUAUUCAUGUAAAUGUAUUUUUUUAUGUAGUUUAUGCUUAUUGUUACAAUGAUGGCGUGUAUUUUGUUAUUGAAGUUAUAAUUAUGUCAGUUGUAUGAUGCCCAGUGGAAUAUAUGUUUUAUACGUUAAAUUGACAAUACCAGGUCUAAAUAAUAUUUAUUGAUUUACUAGAGACAAAGCUCUGUUUCAUUUAUUUAGUUGUAAGCUGGACGCUGUGCGAUCUACAUAUGCUAAUAAACCAUGUAUCUUAUGCCAAUGAAUCAUCUUAAAUGGUGUUCUUCUGUUAGCGGUGUAAUGAUAUACCAUAAGUGCUAAAUACAACACCCAGCAUGUUAAUGGCAAUGAAAUGGUGAAUAUAACACCCAGUAUAUCAAUGACAAUUAAAUGGUGAAUACAACACCCAUUAUGUCAAUGACAAUUAAAUGGUGAAUACAACACCCAUUAUGUCAAUGACAAUUAAAUGGUUAAUACAACGCCCAUUAUGUCAAUGACAAUUAAAUGGUGAAUAUAAAACCAAGCAUGUCAAUGACAAUAAAAUGGUGAAUACAACACCCAUUAUGUCAAUGACAGUUAAAUGGUUAAUACAACGCCCAUUAUGUCAAUGACAAUAAAAUGGUAAAUAUAACACCAAAUAUGUCAAUGACAAAUAAAUGGUGAAUAUAACACCAAAUAUAACAAUGUCAAUUAAAUAGUGAAUAAAACAGUCAGUAUGUGAAUGUCAAUUAAAUUGUGAAUAUAACACCCAGUAUGUGAAUGUCAAUUAAGUUGUGAAUAUAACACCCAAUAUGUGAAUGUCAAUUAAAUGGUAAAUAAAACACCCGGUAUGUGUAUGCAAAUUGAAUUGGAAAUAUAACACCCAGUAUGUGAAUGUCAAUUAAGUUGUGAAUAUAACACCCAAUAUGUGAAUGUCAAUUAAAUGGUAAGUAAAACACCCGGUAUGUGUAUGUAAAUUGAAUUGUGAAUAUAACACCCAGUAGGCGAAUGUCAAUUGAAUGGUGAAUAAAACACCCGGUAUGUGAAUGUCAAUUGAAUGGUGAAUAAAACACCCGGUAUGUGUAUGUAAAUUGAAUUGUGAAUAUAACACAAAGUAUGUGAAUGUCAAUUGAAUGGUGAAUAAAACACCCGGUAUGUGUAUGUCAAAUAAAUUGUGAAUAUAACA